AACAAUUAGUUGAGAGCGCGAGUGAGUUAUGCCUGUGUAGGUUUUGUUUUUUAUUUGUGUGACGUCAUUGUUUUCGACUGCCAGUAAACGACGCAAUUGCAUUUUACGUGAAAAUGGAUUUAAAAUGAGAAUUGUUUUCGUAAACAAGACGACUAUAGCACAAGAUGUCUGCGGAGUCGCCGCGACACGUGCGCUCGGGCGGGCCGCUCACGGUGCCGUCGCGACCGCCCAGUGACCGCAGCAUCAUCGACGCCGUCUCCGGGUUCAUCAACGAUGUCACUCUGUCCUCUUCCUCUUCUGUAGACCCUAAGGAUGUUAUACAGUGGGCGCGGUUCGAAACCGCCGAUAUAAACGAGCCCACGCCAGAAGGGGACAGUGAUAAUGACAUAUCCCCCCUCCUUCUCAUCCUGGGCUACGGGUCCGGGGUGCAGGUGUGGCUGAUCCCGCCCUCCGGCGAGGCUCAGGAGGUGUUGUCAUGGCGACAAGGCACAGUGAGGGUGCUCCGUAUACUGCCAACUCCGCAGCACGGCGACUGCUUCGCGUCGAAAAGGCCCCUCAUCGCCUUGUGUGACUCCGCCAGUCCUGGACCUACAUUCUGCUCGCUCAGUUUUAUAUCUAUUCGAGGUGGUGAGCAGGUAAAAAGCAUUAAAUUCAAGAACCCCAUCUUAGACGUGUUAGCUAAUAAGCGUUCCGUGGUAGUCUCCUUCUCGGAACGGUUCGCAGUCUUCGACGCAGCCACUCUGGAAGACCGUAUGGCUGUGACCACUUGCUAUCCGUGCCCCUGUCCCCUCAGGGGCAGUUCCCCCAACCCUCUGACCUUGGGGGACCGCUGGUUGGCAUAUGCUGAUAAGAAGCUCAACCAGUCUAAGAGAAGCAGUGGCGGGUGCGAAGCGGAAGGUGUGACCAGCUACACGGCGACCGUACUCCACGCGGCCAAGUCCUUGAGCAAGGGUCUACGUGGGCUGGGCGAGAGCGUCGCGCACAGUCUCUCCGGAGGCAGAAGCACCUCGCAGUCGCCCUCGCCUCCCAACGCGGACAUACAGCAGCCUGGGAUAGUCACCGUGCUGGAUAUUGAGGGUUUAGACGACGAAGAGGGCCAAGACAGCGAAGAUCAAUGCGACCCAAUCGUAGCUCACUUCGUGGCGCACUCGGAAGCGAUCAUUGCCCUGAAGUUCGACGCGAGUGGCAUGCUGUUGGUGACAGCUGACCGCCGCGGCCAUGACUUCCACGUGUUCCGCAUCAACCCGCACCCCUGCGGGCCGAGCCUCGCGUCUGUUCACCAUCUUUAUAUAUUGCACAGAGGUGAUACUACGGCGAAGGUUCAGGACAUCGCGAUCUCGGGCGACGCGCGCUGGGCGGCGGUGAGCACGCUGCGCGGCACGACGCACGUGUUCGCCGUGAGUCCGUACGGCGGGCCGGCCGGCGUGCGCACGCACUCGCAGCCGCGCGUCGUCAACCGCCUCUCGCGCUUCCACCGCUCCGCCGGCCUGCCCAUCCACGCCGCCGCGCACAAGCGCGCCUCCGCCAGCCCCGUUGGUGACGGCCUCUCUCAUGGAGCGUGGUACCCUAACCCGCGCUUGCCGCCGUAUCCGCUGCCCACUACAUGCACUCCCCUGGCACAGAUACGUCCAACGGCCAAUUUGCCGACGCACACCAUCACUAGAAACAGCUCAGGUCGUCAGCGUCUAUCAUCUGGGUCGGAGGAAGGCAGCAGUGCGCCCUUGCUGGCGCGUGCCCGCUUCGGUCCCGUGGGCGUGGUGGCGGGCGGCGUGGGCGUGGCGGGCGUGGGAGGGGCGCCGCGCCGCCCCGCCCCCUCCGCGCCCGUCGCCGCGCUCUACCUCAUGGCGGCCGACGGCUCGCUGCUACAUCUGCUGCUGCAUCCCAGGCCGCUGUCUAGUAUCCCGAAGGAGAAGAUCUGCGACGAGUCUGCGAUCGAGCUGGAGGUGGAGGCGGUGUCGCAGUGGCCGCUGCAGCGCCCCGCGGCGGCGGCCGACCUGCUGGCGCCGCUGCCGCCCUCCAACCCGCUGCUGCAGCCGCUCACCUGCCGGAGGUGUGCGGACAUAUGCAUGAGUGAAGAGGAAAGAUGGUUAUCGCAAGUAGAGAUAGUGACGCACGCGGGCCCGCACCGUCGGCUCUGGAUGGGGCCGCAGUUCGUCUUCAAAACUUACAAUCUCACUGGGUCGAACUCGUCGCUGUCGGAGGCGGAGACGGUGGAGGUGGAGGCGGGCGGCGUGGCGCGGUCCAACCCCGUGAACAUGCCGGGCGCGAGGCCGCUCGUGCCCGUGCUCGUCGACUCCGGGUCUGCCAGUAAGCACCAAGCAUACAACAUUUUUUUUUUGGGACUCCCGCCCAGCUCCCACCACUACAACUCCUGGAAGCCAGGAUCAGCAAUGGCACGCGUUUUAAGACAACGAGCUCGGCGAGUCUCAGGGAAAACUAUAUCAUCCUGAUAGGGAUACUAUGUC